ACUGUCUUCCAAAAUUCUCUUGAUACUCUCUGUCUUGUCGAUUUUUCUGAUGCACCGAAGACAAAGGCGUACUCCAAACUUUAUUCCCGUAUUUUUCCGUAUUCUGGCUGUCGGUUCUGCGGCCGCAUCACCAUCACUGCAGUGUGCAGUUGCUGCUCGUUGCAGAUUGCACAGCAGUCAGCAGCUUUUUCUCUCCGUGGCAGUCUGCCUGGAUCCACACUGCACACGGGGAAUCUACUACGGCAACCAGGAACCCCGAAACCAGCGGGAAUCUUGAUCGUGAUGGAUCCAUUAUGCCGCAUUCCGCUGAGCCAGGUCCAUCCACGAGCGGAGACCAAGACCCGUGCAAAGUUCUGGACCAGACCUGCGCAUGGGAGAAAGCCAAAUGGGAAGAGGAGCGUCGGAGCGAACGACAGACCAUCAGCACGCUGGAGAAGCGCUUGCUGAACCGCGAGCGUGUCAUCGACGAGCAGCAGACGGCGCUGGCGAAGCUGCAGCAGGAGAUGUACACCAAGGACCGAACCCACCAGGGGCGUGCAGCGCACAUGCACCGGCGCGUCCAGGAGUUGCAGGCGCAGUUAGCGGACGAGCAGCGCAGUGUCGCGGAGCUGACGGCGCGCAAUGCCAAACUCCUGCAGGUCGCCGCAUCCUUCCGCGGGGUCUUCGCCAACCACCGCGACGUGCUAGACGAACUGAUGAAUCCCCAAGGGGACGUCGGACAGUCUGCUGCUUCCGCUCUGGGCGCGAUUCCUGUUCCGGUGGUGGUCGCUAUUGAAGAGAAUCGCGUGGCGGCUGCUCCUGACGCCGCGGACUCCGCAGCGCCGGAGACGGUCGCCGAGCACGUGGAAAUCGACAUGGAGCGGUCGACCCCGCCGCCGCUGCCCGGGGCGGACGACCCGCCGCCGCUGCCCGGGGCGGACGACUCGCCGCCGCUGCCCGGGGCGGACGACCCAUGCUGGAAAACUCCAAGUGUACGAUUUUACAUACUACUACCCGGAAGUUAAAGAAAAGGCUGCCUUUUUACCUGCUUCAGGAGUAUACCUACCGGGUUGGGAGCGAGGAAAGCCAGACGUUCCUACACUUCCCGACCAGUUCAGUCUAACGGCGCUGACGGUGUCCAGAAAGGACCAAGCAGUGUACAGUCUCAACGUAAGCGAAACUGUCAGCAAGUACCAUUAUUGAAUUUCGGCGCAGUGACUUUCGGACUUUCUUAAUCGAAGCACUUCGUGUUACACUCCAGAUGAACGUAGACUCCAAGCACUUGUUCGUCGUGUACCAUACAGACUCGUCCAGCGGUACUCCAUCGCAGGGACUGAAAUA